AUGGCGACUUUCGGCAAAUCCUCCUUUGACACCGCCAUCUAUGCGACUUUCAGACCGACCUAUCCUAGGUCCCUCUUUGACUUCGUAUUCCGGUACCACGAGCGCAACAAGGGUGCAAGAUGGGACAGAGCAGUAGACCUAGGUUGUGGGACGGGUCAAGCAACAGUCGAGCUCACACCAUUCAAGCGCGUCACUGGCGUCGACCCAAGCCCUAAGAUGAUUGAAGUUGCUCAAGAUACUCUCAAGAAGACGCCAGUGAGCACUGGUCAAUAUGAGUACAUUCAGGCGAGCGCAGAGAGUCUACCAUUCUUGGAGGAUAGCAGUGUGGAUCUAGUCAUUGGUGCCCAGGCAGGCCAUUGGUUCGAUUGGAACAAAAUGUGGCCUGAGCUCGCAAGGGUGCUGAGGAAGAAUGGGAGUGCUGCAUUCUGGAUUUACUCCGAGUUCCGCUUCACCGGCUAUCCGUCACUCACAAAGAGAAUCAACGCUUAUAGCCAAGGCCUUGACCCACUGCACAGCGUCGGCCCAUACUGGCAGCAACCCGGCCGUUCGAUUUUAGAAAACCACUUGGUUGCAGUACCAGAUGGGAAUGAAGUUGUACCAGGGCGUUCAGUGAUUUCGAGAGAGUCUUCUUCACAG